UUGUUAUCAGUUUCAACUCAUCUUUUUUUCACAAGCAUACCCAGAGUAUGUAAAUUAAUACAGUAAAGGAUCCCAAAUGCUUUUUCUUUUUUUUUUUAAAGCAGCCUUUGGGGAAGUCAAAAGUUAUUUAUUUUCUCAUGUAAAAGAAGAAGAAAUGAUGACUACUAGAGAAGAAAAGUAAAGAGCGAUCUGGGCACACUGGAAAAGAAUUACCUCCAUAUAACUUUAAUGCAUAUAAGGUAUCAUGUUCAACAAGAAAUAAGAUGGCUCCCCAAAAUCAUCAAAAUCAUUCUGUUUCUUCUAACUUACAACCAGAAGAAUACAAGAUUGCAGCACUGGUAUUCUAUAGCUGUAUCUUCAUAAUUGGAUUAUUUGUGAAUGUGACUGCUCUAUGGGUCUUCAGUUGUAGCACCAAGAAAAGAACGACUGUAACUAUCUAUAUGAUGAAUGUAGCAUUAUUGGACAUAAUCUUUGUGCUAAGCUUACCCUUCCGUAUGCUUUAUUAUGGGAAAGGUAAAUGGAUCUUUGGGGAGACUUUCUGUCACAUUCUUGGAGCUAUCACAAUGUUUUAUCCAAGUAUUGCCCUCUGGCUUCUUGCUUUUAUAAGUGCCGAUAGAUACAUGGCUAUUUUGCAACCCAAACAUACCAAAGAACUUAAGAACACAAGCAAAGCAGUGCUAGCUUGCGUUGGAAUUUGGAUAAUGACUCUUGCAACCACCACUCCUCUAUUAUUCUUAAAUGAAGAUCCAGAUAAAGACACAAAUCCUGCCAGCUGCCUGAAAAUUUUUGACAUAAUCCACUUAAAAACAAUUAAUAUCCUGAAUUUUACUCGUUUGAUUUUUUUCUUCUUGAUUCCUCUUUUCAUCAUGAUUGGAUGCUAUUCAUUCAUCAUUAACAGUCUCCUUCGUGGCCAGAAUUCUAAACUGAAACCAAAGGUCAAGGAAAAGUCCAUCAGAAUAAUCAUUACUCUCAUUGUACAGGUGCUUGUCUGCUUUGUUCCCUUUCAUAUUUGUUUUGCUUUUCUAAUGCUGCAACGUGAAGAAAACAGCUAUAACCCAUGGAGCACCUUUACCACUUUCCUCAUGAAUCUCAGCACAUGUCUGGAUGUUAUACUCUAUUACAUUGUCUCAAAACAAUUUCAAGCUCGAGUCAUCAGUGUCAUGCUAUAUCGAAAUUAUCUUCGAAGUGUGCGCAGGAAGAGUUUUCGAUCAGCCAGCUUACGGUCGCUAAGCAAUAUAAACAGUGAAAUGAUAUGAUCAGUAGUUUUUAAAAAUCAAGUAUUAAAGAAUUUCUUUUUACUACUGACAUAGUCAAGGAGUACCUUAAAUAUACUAUAAAGUCACACCAUAAUAACCUCUCCUCUUAGAACAUAUUUUAGGAAUGUUUUGUAUUGAACUCAUUGUAGGAUAAAGAAAAAAAAUCUACCCUUAGCUAUUUUAGUAACUAUUAUAUUUAUUCUUUCAGACCUAAAACCUUUCUAUGAACUCAUGCUGAAAAGACAUAUUAUUUUAACUUAAUCAUUAUAUUCAAGCAGUCAGUAAUCAAAUGGAAUCUUAGAUUGAAGAUGACAUUUAGUGCAACCUACACCUGAAGUGAACCCCCUAUAAAACAUUUGGGACAGAUGAUCAUCAAGCCUUUUUCUAAAGAUCUACAAUUAGGAAAAACCAACUACUUCCCAAAGCAGCCCACUCCACUUUUGAAUAACUCAAUAUUAGGAAUGUUUCCUUUUAUCAAGACCAAAUUUAACUCUUCACAAAUUUGGUUCAUGGCUUCUAGUUCCAUCCUCAGGCCAAGUACAAUUAGUUUGCUUAUUACACUGAGUCUAAUGGGUUGAUUCUGUCAAACGGUUAAUUUAAAUAGAGGAGAAGGGAAAAAGUAUCUGAUUGAGUUGAUCAACUAAUAGCUUUUCACCCAGCUAAAACUACCAUAUACAGAAUUUUUCCACUAGGUAAUCUGGAACUGAAGGUUUCAAUACAAUAUGUACAACAAUUUACAUUCCAAACACCCACUGGAGAGGAUUCUGAUACGAGCAGCUGUGUCUUAUCUCUGGCAUAAUGGAAACUGCACUGGACUUAAGAGGCAGGAGACCUGAGUUUAAGUAAUUUAUUUUCUCUGUGCAAUUCCUCAUCUGUAAAAUAGAACUAGGACUAGAUGACCUCUCAAGCCUCUUUCAGUUCUAGACCUAUGAUCCUAUCAUUCUAGGUCCUGGAUAUCUCACUUACCAGCUGUGUUAUUUGAGCUAAGUCCCUUAAUUGCUUUGAGCCUCUCUUUCCUCAUCAGCAAUAUUGUUGUUUUUUAAUCAUGUCUGACUCUCCGUGACCCCAUUCCGGGUUUUCUUGGCAAAGACACUGGAGUGGUUUGCCAU